CCCCCAACAAUAAAGAGCAAAGAUUGCAUUCAGCAGCGAGCAGCAAUGCAGAAAUAGAUGGCAGUCUCGUGUCAGUGAGUUUGCAUUCCCACCCCCCACCCCCUUCCUCCUCCUUUUCUGGUCCAAGCGCUGGAGUUAGGAACCCUUGGAGGCAAUUGCUUUUUUACUACAAGUGGAGAAGUUGCCCCCCCUUCUUGGUUGCCUGGCUGACGGCUCGCCUUCUACAUGUUGGGGGUGCAUUUUUCCCCCCCCCCUUUCUUACUGAGGUUGUUGAUGGGGCUCUUUUCCUCUUUUCCCCCCUUCCUUCCUUCCUCCACUCUCGUUCCUGCCUUGAUGAUUAUUUUUUUCUCUCCCCCUCCGGUCUUUUGAAAGUGUGUCUGCCAAUAUUGGGUCUCUCUCAAACAAAAGCAAAAGGCGAGCUAAAGGACAGCUGGAUUGAUUGCGCCUGAGACUCUUCCCCCCCCCCCCAUCUUCCUUUUUAAUGAACAGGACUAAAACCCCGUCCCGAAAUUUCAAACACAAAUCUAAAAGGAAAAGGUGGUGGUUUGUUUUUUUGCUCAACGGCAACAACAGCAGCAGAAGCAGAAGCAGCAACAACAUGGAUGUGUUGGCUAGUUAUAGUAUAUUCCAGGAACUGCAGCUUGUCCAUGACACCGGCUACUUCUCAGCUAUGCCAUCCCUGGAGGAGAACUGGCAGCAGACAUGCCUUGAGCUGGAACGCUACCUUCAAACAGAACCCAGGAAGAACCCAGAAAGCUUUGUGGAGGACCUGGACUGUUUUUUUCAUACUUCUGCUCAUGGCACAGAAGACAGCAUUCAUCCAUUGGACCCACUCUUGUUACCUGUAGAUAUGAGUACCUGUGACAAAAAUGCCAACAUGGACAUUAUUCUCUCGAGGGACAAACUAUUGUCUGAGACUUGUCUCAGCCUGCAACCUACCAGCUCCUCUACAGAGGGCUAUGCUGCUGUCAACCAGGCCCAACUCAACGCAGUGACCUCACUAACACCUCCUUCCUCUCCUGAACUCAGCCGCCAUCUUGGAAAAACCUCACAAACUAUCUCUGCAGUUGAUGGCACAGUUACACUGAAAUUAGUGACAAAGAAAUCCACCCUCAGCUCUGUAAAGGUUGGUGUAAUAGCACCAGCUAACACAACAAAGUGCGCACUCAGUGACAGUGAACAAGGAGGAUUAGGGGCUGACGCAUCCCCGGAAAACAAGAAGAGGGUUCAUCGUUGUCAGUUCAAUGGGUGCCGUAAAGUAUAUACAAAGAGCUCACACUUAAAAGCGCACCAGAGGACUCACACAGGUGAGAAGCCUUAUAAGUGUUCGUGGGAAGGGUGUGAGUGGCGUUUUGCACGAAGUGAUGAACUCACGCGGCAUUACAGGAAGCACACGGGAGCAAAGCCCUUUAAGUGCAGCCAUUGUGACAGGUGUUUCUCAAGGUCUGAUCACCUUGCCCUCCAUAUGAAGAGGCACAUCUAAAUAAUAGGGAACUUGCAAUGUGACCCGGAUGCAGUUAAACCAUAGCGUCAUGGGGAGAAGGGUGGAACCCAAUUGCCUGUCUCUUGCUACCUUGCAGAAGAAGAGAAUUUGAUCACAUGUAAACUUCUAUACACACAAUGCGCACUGGAUGCUGUCAUGCUCUCAGCAGUACAUUAAUCUGUUUCCAAUGCCUUGCCCACCUGAAAGGCAGAAGACAUGUGAUUAGGAAAAGGGAUGCAGGGGAAGUCUUUUAAGACACAGUUGCUUACAGCACUUGAGAACUUGAAAAUCUUUGCUCCUGUUUAUUGCCAAUGGAAAUCAAAGCAGAACGGAAGAGAUGGAUUCCUUGCAGGUGAAACAGCAUAGAAGCCACAUAUAUGUAACUCGCUUCUUGGUGCAACCUGACUGGGGAGGUGCGGCGGGGGUGGGGGGAAACCUAUUUUGGACUUGCAUAUUUGUAGCACUAACUUUUCUUUUUGAGAUAAUUUUGGAAGGAAAACUAAUGACCUAGAAAAACCAAAUUCCAGUUUGGUAGCCAAAACUUUACUCUCUUGGUUUCCUUUCUGCCGAUUUUGUUUCAAGGCACCCUUAACGUACAACGAUUCAUCAAGAUUCCUCAAGAACCUCUUGAUCUGCUCCGUUUUCCUUUUUUCAUAGAACUGAGCUGUCAAGAUCUGUUUAAGUCAAUACCAAUGGCCUUAAUUGGCAGUACACUCUGCAGCGAUCCUAGGAUACACCUACCACUUUUCUUGCUUCACCUCUUGUGGAUUGGUCAAGGAGAUAGAGAUAUAGAUAUAUAGAUAUAUAUAUAGAGAGAAAGAGAGACACUGUUGUGUUCCUUUAAUUUUGGUAUUUGGUUAUUGCACAUCAUGUGUACAGAGGAACUGUGAAAACUGAUGAUACGAUUGCGUAACGGUUGACAAGCGAAAUCCCCGAGCAAGAUCACAGUAUAUAUCUUUGGAGGCAUCACCAUAUUGCCAUAGUUCAGACUUCCUGUUUAAUUACCUAAUGAAAACUUGAAAGGAAGCUUAUUUGAAGCUUUGAAGCUUUUCUCCCAAGUUUCUGAGAACUUAUUUACGCACCUGGAUAUCUGUCUUGGAUUCUCUCACUCAGGCAUGACUUCAGGUUUCCCUUCUGCACCGUGGGGGAGCAUGCUUGUGACAACUCACAAAAUAAUGGUUAGCAAUUCUGGUUUGUUUGUUCUUGCUAGCCCUUUUACCUGGUGAAAUAUGUGGUGACAUAAUAUGUGUGUGUGUGUGCCUGGCCACCCGCAAAAGAAAUAUUUUGGGGUUAAGCAGAUCCAUAGAAUACUUGCAAUCAUGUAAGUUGGGAGUGGAAAAGGGAGAACCUCUUGCUUUUAAUAUUAGUCUCCUACAUGUUUUCUUCUAAAAAAAAAAAAAGAAAAUGCCUACCUAGAUUCUCCUUUCCCAUUUUAUUAAGGUGGUGUGAUUCCCACUUGUCCAACACAAUGCAGUUGAAUAAAAAGGAUUGGCUUUUUGGUCAGCACGGACUUCUUUCCAAACAACUAAUUUAAACAAAAAUAAAAAUAGAUGCAUGGGUGCACUUCAAGCAAUGGUUGUAACUAUUUAAUGAACAAUGGAGGCAUCAGGCUCAUGCUUGGCUCUUGUAGAUAGUUCGAUGGUUGUGGUCCAAUUAGAUUUUUUUUCCUGUACUUUACUUACACACACGCACACACACACACACACACCCCUUCCUCUAUAUAUGCAUAAUGUUUAUUUUUAGCUAGUUGGAGCUGGCACUAUUCCAAAGACUGCCUUUUCAAACUAUCUCUCAUGCAGGUAAAGAGGUAGUGAUUCAGAAUGGCUGUGUAUAAGUUAACUUGGGACCAUCCCUGCAAGAUGUGCUGAGAAACGGAAUGGCCUGUAACUCUCUUGGUUGCUACUCUUCCACUCACUAAACUAGCUCACUGCCCUUACUUUGGACUGUUUUUGACUUGUUGACUGUUCACUAAUUUUCCUAAUUCACGUUUAGGAUGUAAAAAACAUUAAAAUAACUUUUUUAUAUCUUCAAAUAUAUAAAUGGAAGUACAGAUACUGACUCAUAACACUUAGACGGUUUUCUUUCCAUCUCUAAUUUCAUUCAGCUAUUGAGGUUCCAAACAGUUCCCUCCUUGGGCUCAGAAUCCCUGCAUAUACUGUGACUAUCAGCAACCAUUUAUAUUGCAAAUAAACAAAGAUUAGCCCUUAACGAUGGAAUGAGAUAUGGACCAAAAUCCUGAAUACUCUUUACAGAGGCAAUUAACAUUAGAAUUUAAGAAUAAGGGUAAGAUCUUAAGUUUUAUUCCAAAGAUUUGUGGUGAAGAAAUCUUGGAGCAUUGUUUGCUGACAAUCUUAUAGUUCUCUUAACUCUGUUUGCAUCUUUUCUGUUUGCGGAGGUGUUCACUGGGAAUUUGAGAACUCUGUAACUUGGUAUUGUAAUAUUAUGUGACAGUUUUAGAAUAUCAGAGAAGAGAGAAGACUGAACAUCUAGACAACGUUAGCUGAAAAAUCUCUACUGUCAAGAUUUUUUGUUCUCUUAUAGAGUUUUACAUAAUGUGCAUGCAUGUAUACGUAUGUGUGUGUGUGUAUAUAGAUGUGCGUAUGUAUAUAUAUCUGUGUGUGUAUGUAUGUGUAUAUAUGCUGUCUCUCUCUCUCACACACACACGCACAGAAAUAUAUAUGUAUCUGUCAUGGCAUAGUCCUUAAGUAAUAUCCAUAGCCUAAAAUAUUCAGUUCUGUUGUAUCUAGAAUGGAAUUUGAGACUAUAAGAGUUAGGCAUAAAUUUAAAAUGUGUUUGCUUUCUUAAAUAAUCUGAAGAGAUGUGAAUGGGAAGUCAGAGAAACCAAAAGGAACUGUGUUCAUCUAUCUUAUUGGUAUUAGAAAAUUUUCUGUUAACAGGACUUGAAAUAAUCUGAGGAACAAAAAAGCUUGUUCCUUGUCUCACUCUUCAAAGUAGAUUUGAGGGUAUAGGGACUUGGGAGUAAGCCAACUAAAUCACACAGGGCCUCUUCCUGAGUAAACGUGAAAAGAGCUACUCUCUCAGCCUGUGAGAUGAUGAACCAGCAAGAGAUGUUGAUCCAUAGCGGAUGCAUAAAGUUGCUAUUUUUCCACUAUAGAUUAUACGGCUAUCAGCUGGCCAGCAGCACCAA